AUGAAAAAAAAAUGUUUUUACUCUAAACGUGCCAUGUAUAUGGCUAUAAGAAACUUACCAGAAGGCUUCUUCUUCACACGAGUCUCUGGUAACUUGAGAGUUCUUGUUGGAGUUGGGUCUGGAAUUUCAAUUCUUGCCACCAUAAACUGUGUAUUGACCGAACUUGCAUUUGCAGGAAGACCGGUCACUACAAGGUUCACAGUUGAAAUAGUUGUACUCAUACCUGGUGAGUACGAGUGUGAGUAA